AUUGAGUAAUAAAAUAAAGAAAAAGCUUUACAGUCAUCUUCAAAAUGUCACGUCUCAUUGUUGUUGUUGCAAUUUUUUUAUUUUGUUUCUGUUAAAUGCAAAACUACACAUCAGCCCACACAAAAAUGAGUCUGCCUUAAACUUGUUUCGCGGGGACCUUGUGAAUGGAGAUGAUGCACUAUAUGAGCUGAUCACAUACGAUAUGAUUUCAGAAUCUUCAUUUUAUUCGCCUUUGACUUUUGGGGAAGUUAAUAAGUGAUGUAAGGAAUGGAAAUCAAUUCUAAAGUCUCUGGAUCUUCUUCUCAUAUUCUAACCUAAAAAUAGUGAAUCAGAUACUUCGAAAGACAUGAUCAUACAUUGUACCAAAGGUUCGGAACUGAUCAAUAUUGUUUAUGGCAAGUAAAGUUGUGCAUUGAAUCUACAAUUUUGUCUUUUUAUGUCUCCUACAUCAUCACGUUCUUCAAAAGCACCGCCAAUAUAUGUAUGAAUCAUAUAGGCACAACAUAGAUGUCGGUACUUAUAAAACGAUUAAACUAUAAAAUAGAAAUAGAACGAGGUUCACACUCCAUUGAUAUCAAGCUAUUCUCUCACUGCCUUAAUGUGAAUUGUAACUUUAUGGAAUUUUAUUUCUCGCAUUUUAAUUGCAUUGAUUCUGAGUCGAUGAGUUGAAAAUUGAAGGAAUUGCGUUACAUGUUUAUUUAAACUGUGUCAGCUUUUAUGAGAUGUCUGGAUUGCAUCAUCGGAAUAAGUUGAAAGAUGUGUGCCUUAAUUCGAAAUUUAAAUGAGCACGCCAUGAAAUUCAGUGUUGUUUACAAACAUUUAAAGUUAUUUUAAAAUGAAAAAAUGAUGUCAAAAGUGUCAAAAUUCUUUCGUGCACGUCCACUGCUCAAAGGAAUGGCUGUCUAUAGCAUCAUUUGGCCAACAAGCUCAAUAGCUCAACAAUUACUAGCUAAGGAACAGAUUGACUUAAAAAAAGCUUUUAGAUUCUUUCUCUUUGGCACUUUCUUUGUUGCGCCGACACUUUAUGGAUGGAUUCGAUUAUCAAGUCACAUGUGGCCACAAACGGCGCUUAGAACUGGAAUUGCAAAGUCACUUACAGAGCAAUUAAGCUAUGGACCAGCAACUGCUGUUUCAUUCUUUGUAAUAAUGAGUUUAAUGGAAGGAAAGUCAUUUAAAGAAGCUAGAAUGGAAGUUGUUGACAAAUUCCCGCCAACAUUUAAGGUCGCUAUCUGCUUCUGGCCAUUCUUUUCAAUCAUUAAUUUCUCACUUAUUAAUGAGAGGAAUCGAGUAUCUUUUGUGGCAAUUGCAUCGUUUUGUUGGACAAUAUUUUUGGCUUUUAUGAAGACUAGUGAUGAGGAUAAGGUGCUGGUACAUCAUGUUGGAGAAAAAGAGACAGUGGGAAACAGCAAUGACGAGUCAGUGACUGAGAGGAUGAUUAAUACUGAGAAAAUGAUAGAUCCAGAAACUUGUUAACGGACUUUUGACAAUCCUAGGCUUCCUCAACUAUCUUAUUUGGCGCAUCUAAUACAAACUCAGGAAGUCAUCAAUUCAACAAUGAGGAUUAGAAGCUUCUGUCACACAACAAGCAACUCAUCCUAUGCAAAAACUAAGUCUCAUCGUUAUUAUAAACAAUAUAUCAUGUUGACCUACCUAAGCUGUCAUCCUAAAUCGCAUAAUAAAGUAAAUCCACUCCUUUAAGUCAACAAUCCCACCCUCAAACUUACUUUUUAUUUCUAUUUCUAGCUUUCUUAAAAUUAAAUGCCGUUUUAUGGCUGUUCCUCGUAAAGAUGAAGCUGUCUAUUUAAAAUAACAUAAAUAAGAAGCACUCUGACCUUUAACAAAGAACCAAAAAAUGUAUGUAAAGUGAUAGAGUAGAAAAAGCUAUUAAAAUUGAAUAAAUC